GAACUACAUCACCAGAGUGGAAAGACUGAUAGUUGGAUUUAUCAUAAGUCUGUCUUUAUAUUAUAUAUAGUUUAAUCUAUUUAUAUAAAUUUAUUGAUUUUAUUGAUAAAACAACAAAGGAGCGGAACAAGUUAUUCUAAAGAUGUUAUAUCAUAACCUGCUAAUGAAUACUGUCUUUUUAAAGCCACCUGAAAUUGAAGUGAAUGGUGUGCGUGAGGCCCCUCAAGUUAUUGUAAAACCAAAAAUGGGAUCGUCAGAAUAUGAUAUUAUCAAGCAACGGUACCACCUCAAGGAAACUGUGGGCUCAGGUGGUUUUGCCAAAGUCAAAUUAGCAACUCAUAUUUUAACCGGUGAGAAGGUAGCCAUAAAGAUUAUGGAUAAACGCCAACUUGGGGAUGAUCUUCCUCGAGUGAAAACAGAAAUAAAGGCUUUACAAGAACUUGUCCACCAACAUAUAUGUACCCUCUAUGAGGUUGUUGAGACGGAGAAGAAAAUUUUCAUGGUAAUGGAGUAUUGUCCUGGUGGUGAACUGUUUGAUUACAUAGUUGCCAAGGAUCGUUUAAGGGAAGAAGAGGCCAGAGCUUUCUUCCGACAAAUUGUAUCAGCCGUGGCUUUCAUUCACUUCAACGGGUAUGCACAUAGGGACUUGAAACCGGAAAAUUUAUUAUUGGAUGAAGAACAGAGUCUGAAGCUAAUUGACUUCGGUCUUGCUGCAAAACCCAAGGGGGGCAUGAGCCACCACUUAACAACAUGCUGCGGAAGUCCCGCAUACGCAGCACCCGAACUCAUCUCCGGCAAGCAGUAUUUGGGAGCUGAGGCCGAUGUGUGGAGCAUGGGAGUUCUUCUGUACGCCCUUCUCUGCGGCUUCUUACCCUUCGACGAUGAGAAUGUUGCACAUCUGUACCGAAAAAUUCAGAAAGGUGACUAUGACGAACCAGAAUGGCUGAGCGAUGGUUGUAAAGAAAUACUAAAGAGAAUGCUCCAGGUGAAUCCCAAACGGAGGAUAAGCAUUACGCAAUUAAUCGAGCAUCCGUGGGUGACAAAGUCUUUUAAGACGCCAGUGGACUGGAAAACAAAGUGUAGCAAAGCGCAGAUUAAUGAGGAUUGUGUUUUGGAAAUGGCGCAAUAUUACGGCAAAACGAAGAAAGAAAUGACUGCACAGGUCAAACAGUGGCAAUAUGAUGAGGUAACAGCUAUUUAUUUUAUGCUGCUAAACAGAAUGUAUAAAGGCGAAACCAUCAAAAUACUGCCAAUGACCCCUCCUUCAGAAAAGAAAUCGCAAAUCCAUAGCAACGGAAGUCAUAAUAUUCAUAGCAACCACAAGAAAUCAAAUCUUGAGCCUCCCACUAGUAGUCCCUACAUGUUCAGCUCGAUGGAGGAUGGACUAGAAGAUGUUGAGUCAUUUCAGUUCCAUUCAAACACACACCGUAAAGUCGAAAGAACAAACCGAAAGUAUGAACCACUUCAGAGUACAUACAUACAUCCGGCAGCGGACAAGCGGUAUAGUGCACCGCCAGUUGACAAAGAGAACUUUGAUGAUUUUUUGAAACCUUAUCCGGUGAAAACGCCGGCUAGACUCCGAAGUCGUAGUGAUGCAUCGUCAAAGGCGAAGAAGACACCAUUAAAACAACCUGUUGUUCCAACAUUAUCAUUACCAACAUCAACAGUUGUCACGCCGGCUAAGUCUAUGGAUAAUUAUUUAAGCUCCAUUCCAAGUUCUGAUUACCCGCAAGAUAUUAAAAAAGCUGUAUCGAUGGAGGGCAAUCUAGACAAGAUGGGAAUAUUAGAAGGUGAGAACCUAAAAUCCAGCAACUCUAGCUCGGGUUCCGCAAAGAAGCUUCUGGGUAGCUUUGAAAAAGGCAUCAACAGAAUCAUUGGCACACUAACUCCAAGAAAGUACUCUACAAGUGACGGACCUCGCAAAGUAAAGGGUUUAUACAGUGUAUCAAAUACAUCAACAUAUCCAGCAGAUUUUGUACUAGAAGAAUUAAGAAACACCAUUGAGCAACACCAUGUACUAUGCAAACAAAAGGGAUAUACACUCAGGUGUAAGAAGAUGGAUGAUAGGGGCAAGACCCGUUUAGCCUUUGACCUUGAGGUUUGCUUGCUACCAAAAAUGGACAUCGUCGGAGUCGCACGCAAGAGAUUACGCGGAGAUACGUGGGAAUAUAAAAGAAUCUGCCAAAGUAUUUUAGAUGCUGCGAAAAUCUAGGCUUCAUUUUUUGUAUACUGUACUAUUAUGCAGAGAGAGACAGGAAUGAUCCAUUUUCCAUGCAGGGAGAUUAUUAGUAGCCUGUUGGACAGUGCUUUGCUGAAUGCUUUUUAAGAUGGAAAAUGAAAUUUUAACCAGGUUUUUAUAGUGAUUCCCAAUCUGGGAUUUGUAUAAUCUGUAUAUAUUUAUGGUGUACCAAGCUAUUAUCUAUGCAUUAUGAAUUGAGACAUUCACUGCUUUUGAACAUCAGCAGUAUGUAACUGAUUAUCUUACUCCUUCCUCAAUACAAGCCAGUAGGAAUUGUACGAGGGCUACACGCUAACACAGUCUGCAAAUCUUGAAGUUAUACAAGCCAGUAUGAAUUCUACGAGGGCGACACACUAGUGCCAGAACUUAUAAAAUCAUGGAUUCAAAGUUUUUUUUUAUCUGAUAAUUAUGUAUUUAUUUGUAAUUAAGAGUAAAUUAAUUUUUCAAAUAUUUUGCUGCUGCCUUUUGCAUAGUAGCACCAUUUUAUAAUUAUGGUUUUAUUGUCAGACUUACUUAUUAAAUUAAUUUCUGUGAAUUUCUUCCGUUAUAAAUAAAAUGCUGAUAACAGCAUUUGCUUAUCAUUUGCAUAUUUAUAAAUUAAAAUAAUUUAUUUUAAAAUUAGGUUUUUUUAGGCUUUUAUUCAUGUGCUUCUAUUUCUGGUUUGAUAGAUUCCAACUGUCAUUGUGACAUAUUUUAUGGACAAUUUUCACUAAACCAAUUUGUGGUGAUAUUUAGUAUUCUAAAGGGACAUUUGUUAUAUAUUUAAAUUAACACAAUAUUUUCUAAAUUCACAAAAUAAAAUGCUAUUCAUGUUAUAUUGAUUUAUGUUGUAGCUGCAACUAAUUAUCAAUUAAGAAUUUUAAAAGGAAAGCUUUUUGAAACUGGUUUUUAUCUUUUUUAAACAUAUUUAAGCAAUUGAUCAUGAUACAGUACAUGUUUAGAGAAUUAUUGUCUCACUUUCUUAUGGGAUUCAAGUUGUGAAUACAAAAAUGAAGUAGUCUACUUGGAAAGCUAAUAGGGUAAAAAGUGGGAUGAAUGUUAUACUAUUGGUGAAGAAGGAAAUCUACAUAUAGGUAUGGUAUGAGCAUGGUAAUUUUGGUUAUUUGCAUAUAUGUAUGAUUGUACACACAUAGAUAUACAGUACAUAGAUACAUGUAUGUAAAUAUAAUUUACAUUACCAUUUCCAUAAUAUAUAUUACAUAUACAUAUCUGUAGGGUAUAUAUAUAUGUAUAUAUAAUAUAUAUGAGUUUCACAUAUAU